AAUGUCACCAGCGCGCGUAGUCUGGGACGCAGCCUAUGAUAAGUCUCUCAGUUCCUGUCAAAAACACAGCUGAGAGAUGAUUCAAUUGUCAGCGGCUGUGAAAUAGAUCCACUUGUUGCUAUAUGCCCCAUUCAUCUAGAGGACAUUUGCCGAAUAAAAAAAAAGUAGGUAUUAAUCUCGAGCGGAUCGUACAUCAAACAGACGGGGAAGUAUUUCUUUAUUCCAUCUUGGACUAAUCCUUGGACGGAAUAUUCCUAUAUCUAGAUUAUACAGGUGAGUAGCUUUAUUGGUGAGAUGUUAUCUUUAGGCAAGUCUUUUUUCCCCAACAUGAUUUAAACAGUUUAACCCCAAUAAUAGUACAUGUGAGAUGUAGGAUAUGGCUAGCCUGUAGGACAGAGUGUUGAUGUAGGCUAUAAGAAUAUUUUUUGAAUUAUUGGGAUUUGAGUUUAGUUGGCUAGAGAAAAUUGUGAUUUUCAAUUAGACUGGUUUGAUAUAGCAUUCAGGAUAUGUUAUACAUGCGUCAGUUUUGGCAUUUCUAUUUAUUUGGGGGGAUCUGGUGAUUUCUGGGUAUGCACCUGUGCAUUCAGCUCCGUUGCGCAUUUAUGUUCAGCGAGUGCUAGUAGGCUAUUUAGUUGGUUUCUCAUGAACGUUCCACAAACACUAGCCUCAUUUCUAUGAACCUACCUGGUUUUGAUGAACACAAUAGCUUUUGCUUACUAUAUUCUGCCGUAGGCUACAAGGUCCUUCCUUAUAAUUUGUGAUUGGAUGUGUUUUGAUAGGACGCAUAACAUCCCCAUUGAUUAUAUGUCAUAAUUUCCAUGACAACACAAAGACAUAAGUAGUGUGAGUCAUAUCAUAUAUCAGUUCUGGGAUGUGAUGUGGGUAUAGCCACAGAAGGCAUGCCUAUUCCUCUUGGAUCAGUGGGAUGGCAUGAAAAGUGUCACUGUGUGUCACAGUCCUCCACCAUGAAUGACACUUACAGUAACAUCUCAAAGGGAUGCAGCUGAGUAGUUUGACAAUCAGAGCAGAAAGUGCAAAGUACCACAUAGCAGAAGUCAUUUAACCCACGGGUUAUUACUGACUGACUAACUAACAUAUCAAACAUGGGAAUCAUUACAGGCACACAGAAGAUAAAACUGUUACCAAAUCCAUACAGUGGAAAAAUACGAUUAUUUUUUACUAGAUUUGUUGACAAUUUAUUGUGUCCAAAUUAGUGAAUUUAUUGAUACAUACUUAUUACAUUUCAUUUUAUAGUGUUGCAUUUUAAGGUAAUGCUUUAUAAUGGAGCUGGAGAAAUGUAUAAUGGCAUACUUCACAGCUUGUGCAAAACAGAAGUUAUCUUUUAAUAUGAUGGUGAGUAAGAUGCCACCAUUGUCUACUGCUGAUCAUUUACACAUUACUCAUGCAGCGCCUGAUCCGAGCGAUUACAAAUGGUGUCACACUUAGCUGGGAAACACUUUACAAUAUAUAUAUAUUUUUUUUUUUUUGGGGGGGGGGGCGGGGGGGGGUAGCAGGAGACUUACCUAUCCAGGAUUCCUAAAGAGGUGGGGCAAUUCUCCGGAAGUGGGAACUCGUGUCCUGGAACGGAGGGACUUCAUGGGUGCCAGAGCACGAACAGUUGUAUGGUCUGAGCGGGAACUAUCUUCGAAGGAAGGGGAGCAGCAAUAAGGUGUAGGAUUUAAUUUGAUACCUGUAAGGAAACUCAGCAACAAAAUGUAAACAUUCUGUAUUGAGUUUAAAAGGCUGACGUUGGUAUCAUGAAAAAACAAGGACUGUUUUCCCUUCGAAAUUUCACCCCUACAAAAAUGUCCAUAAAUUAUAAUACACAUAAUAAUUUACAUUCCAUGUUGCUGCAGGAUUAUCUUCCUGCUGUAGCAAACUGCCUCAAAUUAAGAUCCUACACAUGUAGGCUAUGUGAGAAAGGCACACAUGGUGUUGGCAGGGACCUCCCCUGCUGCAGAGAUGACUGGCACUACCCCCAAUAUGAAAGCACUCUGAAACUCACCACACCAUGGCAUUUGUGUUCGUACCACUACCAGUCAUUUAAGUAAUGUUGGUAAAUGUCAGGUGUUAAACAAUAACCCAAGUUUAGUUUCAGUUUUGGGAAAUGAAAGGUUACAGGGUUAGGCAUUGAUUCACUCAUUCAGGGUCAGGCUGUGGGUGUUUAUGGUAGCUGCAGUUGUGAACUGCUGUCCCCUGCCUUUGUUACGGCAAAAGGGGAUGCUUUCCAUGUGCAUGAUUAGAUAUUUGUGUGUGCAUAUAUGUGUGCAUGACUAUCUGCAGGGCACUGAGUCCUCUGUUUAUUUGCGCCUGCAGGAAGACUGUUUUGAUGUCUGUGCGGCGGGUGUCUCCAUGGCUGUGUGGACACAUCACUCUGGGCUACGGCCUCUUUCUCCUGGUCACCCUUCCAGACCUCACCACAGGUACCCAUCUCCCUCCCCAACCACCCACCCCAACCACCCACAACUGCCCACCCAUGGUCAUCACCUCUGCUAGGCAUCCAAGUUGCACCACCAUGCACUUGUUGAAACAGUCACAACUGCACCCAAAGCUGUAAUAUAUCUGUAAGAGCUAAUUAGUUAACUAUCUGGACAUACAACCUGCAUCAUGCUGCAUUGACACUGAGCCCUCUCCCCUGACCUGUAAGACUCCUCCUUCCAGACUCCACCUGCCAUACUCCAUCCAAACUACUGUAUCUAUUAAUAAAGUCUCUAACAAAAGCUUUUUCCCUCUUCAAAGCAACACCUCACGGCACAACGUCUCUCCCCUAUUUGACCUAGAUAGUUUGUAUGUAUUGCUAUGUAGGCUACGUGUGCCAUUUUUAAAUUGAUGUAGUUCUGUCCUUGAGCUGUUCUUGUCUAUUAAUGUUCAUGUUUCAUGUUUUGUGUGGACCCCAGGAAGUGUAGCUGCUGCUUUUUCAACAACUAAUGGGGAUCCUAAUAAAAUAGCAAAUACCAAACCUGAAUCACAGAGCAUUGAGAUGCAUUAACUGCAGGUUAGAUUCAACAAUAAAGUCUAACAACUGAACUGUAUGCCUCAUCCGCAGGCAGGCAAGGGAACUGCACCCACCCUCUGGUGCCAGAACAUGGGGGCUUCCGCUGCAACCCCUCCCCCUGCCGAGGCUUCCCCCAGAAGAGCUUGAUCUACUACUUCUGUGAGCCCGGCUAUGCCAUCCCAAAAGAGACGGUGCGCAGCUUACACUGCCACCACGGCAAAUGGAUCCCCAGCAUGCCCACCUGUCUCUCCACGCGAGGUGAGUGUAGUGGACUGUACUGAGUCACCACGGCCAAGGGGGAGGAGGGGGAAACCUUUGCCCCUAGUGUAAUGGACUAGAGCAGAGAUGGGCAACUUUGAUGGGGGUGGGGGCCACAAUAACAUCUGAACUCAUCAUGAGAGCUGCAGUGGCUCGCGGGUCUGCAUACCAAAUCAAAUCAAAUCAAAUUUAAUUAGUCACAUGCGCGGAAUACAACAGGUGUAGACCUUACCGUGAAAUGCUUACUGACGAGCCCUUAACCAACAAUGCAGUUCAAGAAAUAGAGUUAAGAAAAUAUUUACUAAAUAAACUAAAGUAAAAAACUAAAUAAAAAGUAACACAAUAAAAUAACAAUAACGAAGCUAUAUACAGGGGGUACCGGUACCGAGUCAUCCUGUAUCUAUUAUCUAUGGGGUACCGAUACAGAGUCAUCCUGUAUCUAUUAUCUAUGGGGUACCGAUACAGAGUCAUCCUGUAUCUAUUAUCUUGGGGGUACAGGUACAGAGUCAUCCUGUAUCUAUUAUUUAGGGGGUAGCAGUACAGAGUCAUCCUGUAUCUAUUAUCUAGGGGGUACCGGUACCCACAAAUGCAGUCAGAGCCGGACCUAGCCCCCACCUUGACAGCAAAACAUUUUCGUGGCCCCCCUCUUGACAGCAGAGAGAAAACAUUGAAGUUUUAGAGUUCAUUUCCUGCAAUUCUACACAUUUUGCCAUGGGGCGCAGAUAAAAUGUUGCAGUUUUAAAGCAAGUUUGCUGCAAUUCUACAUGUUUUGCCAUGGGGCGGAGAGAAGAUUUAGAAUUUUUUAAAAUGAUAUCUGAGUGAGAGUGACUAACAAAAUCAAUGGGGGCCCACCGGUUGGAAAUUCUACCAUGAUUACUAGAAGUUUAGAUAGCUGGCUGCUAGACUAACUUACCAUUCUAAAACAUUUUAGCUGACAUGGGGUAAUUGAGUGACUAUCAGUGACUGACAUAACAAGAGAAAAACUGCUGAUGCACGAAAUUGGACCUUGUGUUUAUUUGUAUUUUGGGAAAUGGAUCCGCAGUCCUACAAAAGGAGGCGCGGGUCGCCAGUUGCCCAUCCCUGGACUAGAGCAUGUGUGUGUGGAGUAUGUCCAUGAGUGACUGAUAUGAGAUAAGUGUUAGGUAUUUAAGGUUGCAGUGUGAUUUAAGGUAGGCCCUGUACUAAAUGACUCACCGACUUUGUAAAUGCAUGAACUCAGACACCUAACAAUUACUAACAUUUGACGGUCGUGACUUUGUGGUAACAAUGACCUACUUGGUGUAUGUGAGAUGCAAAAGCCGACAGCAGAUUCUUAACAUCCUACUUUAGAGUCAUAGAGCCGAGCCUCUUGCUUCCUCUUUCGGCCUGUGCUGCAUCGAGGCAGGAAACCAGCAUCAAGAAACGGGAAGUGAACAAAGUCACCAACUAACCAGUCUCUUUCCUCUGCCGUAAUAAACCUCACGGAAAUGUACUGCGUCAUGGAUAUAAGAAACCACACCAACAAAUGCAAAACCCUGUAUUAUACUGUCAAUAUGAGUGUCAGUAGUGUGUUUCAUCAAAAGGAUGUGUGUACUUACUGAAUGUGUUUGCUGAGUGUGUUAUAGCUCUGGUCCAGGGCGUUAGUGCGCGUUCGGGGGCGUUAGUGCGUGCUAACGCCCUGGACCAGAGCUAAGUGUGUUGUAGGUAGUUGAUGGGUGUGUGUGUUGAUUGUUUGUGUUGUAUUUUCUCUCAGACAGAAAUGUUAACUAUGAGGAACAGGUGGCCCACUCACUCCCCAAUGUUGCCACGACGGCGGUGGGCGUGUCCAUAUUCCUCCUCACCACCACGGCCUGCUUGGUGAUUAAGUCCCGCCUUUUCCCCUGUCACUCACACGGGUAAGUGGAUAUGACUGGCUCUUAUCCCUGUCACUCACACAGCUAUAUUCAUAUGACUGGAUCCUCUAUAGCAGUGUGGUCACUUCUAACCCUGGUCCUUGAGCGUUACAGUGUAUGUAGGUUUUGUUCCAGGACUAACACACCUGAUUCAGCUAAUCAAGGUCUUGAUGUUUGGUUGAACCAGGUGUGUUGCUCUGUAGGGAUGGUUACAGCGCUGUAGUGGCUUUGAAUAGUAGAGGCUUGGAAAGGCAUCACAUCCUGUAAUGAAAGCACCUUUAUAAUCUGAUGAGUGAAAGCUGAAAGAGGAGGAGGAAGAAUGUUUAUAGUCAUGUUGUUAUCAUCAAUGGUGGGUGUUUCAUAGCUGUAGUGUCUGUUAGAUUGUAGAUAACUCCACCCACUGUGUGAGUGCUGUGUCCCUGAAGUCAUCUGAUCAUCUCUCUACUGUUGUUCAGCAGGCGCUCCUCUGACCAGAUGGAUCUGGUGGUGGAUGGCCUGCCUGUGUCUCUGCCCACCUAUGAGGAGGCUGUCUAUGGGAGCUGGGGGCAACACCUGCCCCCCUGCAGAGGGCCCACCCAGCUCUUAUUGGCCCAGGAGGCUCCAGGUCCAUCAUUAGCUCACAACCAAUCAGAUUCCAGUCACCGUAUCCAUCAAUCCAAUCAAAGCCCCGAUAUCCUUCCGCCCCCUUACGAGGAGAUCGAAUCCCAUCCCAGAGAGGGUCAGAGUGAGGGGGACGUGCGGGCCUUACAAGUUGCACUUUCCGAUGACAAGGACAUUUGAGUGACUGGCGUAUUUGUGUCACCUACCAAUGAUGUACUGAUUAGUAAAAUCAUGUGCUCAGGCACUUAUAUAGAUUCAAGCCUACCAGCAUGAAUCCACUUUCUUAUCAGGUUUCAACCUUAUACAUAGCACACCAGUUCUGAUUGGCUGUUUGUAAUGUUAUGAGAUGUAUCCUGCCAUGGAGACAUGGUUUAUAUCCCAUCAGUGAUGGGACCAGAGCCUCGUUUGUUGAGGUGACUUUGGUAAUGCCAUUAGUGUUACAUAACAGGGACCUGCGCGUCUCUAUUGUGACUGAUUGAUUGUGCACUGUGGGUAAACCCAGCUGGAGAGAGUGGAAAUGGAGGUUACUUUCCUUCUUGUUGGUUUAUGAUUUGCGAUGAUGGCAGAGUUGUAGCGUCGAUUAUGGAAACCAGCAGGCGACUGAACAGUGUACACAGAGAUCACAUGUGCUGGUCAGUUUAGGAGUAAAAUCUGUGUUCACCCUGAAACAUAUUUUGAGCUCUAGCUACAACCCAGUCCAUUUUUGACUGGCAUUUUUGGGAGUGGUGACUGACUGACCACAUGGAAGAGUUUCACUUUCUACACCCACCACGUACGCACUUGACACCGUCCACCAUGCCAAGCGUACCCCACGCCGAGUAUGCACCAACCCCUCUCUCCUCCACCGCCAUGUUCCCACCUUUCAC